AUGGACCUCCACAAGGCCUUCGACAGCGUUCUCAUCGGCCCGCUGAUCGAGCAGGCGCUCGACCUCGGUUUUCCCAUGAGGCUGGUCUGGAUGUGCAUCAGCUAUUUCAGGAUGCCGCGGGUGCUCCAGGCCUAUGGGUCUUGGAGCCGCGACGUGGUGGCCAACGGCAGCAUCCUCGCGGGCUGCGCGCACUGCGCGGCGCUGUUGACGGUGCUGCUUUUGAAGGCCGCGGUGCGCCUGCGCGGCAUCGCGGAGCAGCUGACCCCACGAUCGUUGAUGGACGACCUCACGAUGCAGUGGAUCGGCCAGGUGGGCGACGGGUGCGUCGCCAAGCUGCGCGCGGCCGUCCAGGGCUUCACGGAGCAUGUGCGGCCGCUGGGCAUGCAGGUCAAAAUGACCAAGUCGGGCUGGCUGGCAACCUCGCAGGAGGCCAGGAAGGAGUUUCGGCCAGCCACGUGCGCGCUGGCGCUGCCCGAGCGGCGGGGGCUCCGCAACCUGGGCCACGACGCGCACGGGGCGGCUGUGCGCAGGCCAGUGGCGCAGGCCAGGAUGGCCAAACUCCAGGCGCGGCAGCACCGCGUCGACACGUUGGUCAGCAUGCUGGCGGAGCUGCGGCACAGGGCGGCGAUGCUCUGCAGCGGGCGUGGGGGCGAAGGUGCGGCCUCCAUCGCGGCGUACCUCGCGACGCAGGAGGGCUCGUUCUUCGACCCGGUGCACGAGGCGACGGCAGGCCCAGUGGCGGCCUACGCCGCCCAGGUGUGGGACGGCCACCUCCCGCUCGCCAGGCCCCAGCAGGCCUGGGCGGCGCCCCAGCGGAGGUGGGCUGACACGGCGCCGACGUGGCGCACGGCGCGCGAGCCGCUCGCGGUGGCGUGGAUGAGCUUGCGACGCAUCGGCUGGGACAUGCACCCCAGCCCGGUCCUCCUGGACGACGAGAGGCGCGGGGUUGAGCUCCUCAGGCUGCCCCCCCUGGAGGUGCGCAAGCUGGCGCGUGACGGGGUGGCCAGAUGGCAGGGGCGGCAGAUCCUCAGCCAUCGCCAGGCCGCCCCGCCGCCUGCAGGGGCCAGGGUCUGGAUGCGCGGGGCCAGGCACGUGCUCGCGCCGCCCAGGGCCAAGAUCCGCGGGCCGCGCGCUGGCCACCUGCGCACGGCGCGGGCGGGUGGUGCUUGGGACGCGGUGCGGCGGCACGAGGCGGGCUACAUCCGCAGCCCCUACUGUCCCUUCUGCGUGGUGCCGACGCCUGGGACAUGGGGCCACUGGUUCUACGAGUGCGAGAGGGUCGCCCCGAUAGGCGGCGAGCCCGAGACGGGCGCGGCGCUAGCAGAGAUGGCGGAGCUGCAGCUGAGGACCAAGCAGCGCAUUCGGGACAGGUGCCACAUCGGCUUGGGCGACGCCGACUACGACCGCUUCGACCUCAUCGUCGGCCUGCCGAUCGCGCCGCACGAGGUGCCAGCGGCGGCCAGGGUGGCCGACAUCUUCUUGUGGGACGACUGGGCGCUGGACGACGGCAUCGACACCGCUGUCGUCUUUCCCGACGGCUCGGGGCACGAGCCCGCCACGCCCGAGCUCACGCUGUGUGGCUGGGCAAUUGUGCAAUUGGACAUGAUGGGCUUGCCGAGGCGCGCCGCCUACGGGGCCCUUCCUGGCGCCCGCCAGACG